GUGCGUGUGUCCCUGUCCUCGCUGCUGAAACGGGCUCUUCGAGGGAUCGGGAUCGGCGUCACAUGACUCCGCCUGCCCUUCGCCAGCGCGCAGCUCACCAGUCCCUCAGUUUGCCCAGCGCCAGGGGAAGGUCGGACUGCAACGCCAGGGUCCGGGGGUCCUGCGGAACUGAGGAGAGGUGCAGGCGGGGAAUGGCACAUCUGGACUCUGGAAACCGUGGGCCGGCGCCAGAUCCCGGAGUGUAGACAUUUGGGGGAGGGCGGAGAAAAGGCGGGGGGAGCAAAGGAGCGAGCGCCAGAGAGAGGCAGCGCGCGGCGCGCACUGACUGGGGUCUGCCAAGUGCGCGGAGAAGAUGUAAGCGCGUGGGGUCUCGCUGGCCUCCGAGCAUCAUGCAGAAGGGGAUCCGGCUGAACGAUGGCCACGUCGCGUCCCUGGGACUGCUGGCGCGCAAGGACGGUACGCGCAAGGGCUACCUGAGCAAGCGGAGUUCGGACAACACAAAAUGGCAAACCAAGUGGUUCGCGCUGCUGCAGAACCUGCUCUUUUACUUCGAGAGCGACUCGAGCUCGAGGCCCUCGGGGCUCUAUCUCCUAGAGGGCUGCAUCUGCGACCGAGCGCCAUCCCCCAAGCCGGCGCUCUCUGCCAAGGAGCCGCUGGAGAAACAGCAUUAUUUCACGGUUAACUUCACCCAUGAGAACCAGAAAGCCUUGGAGCUGAGGACAGAGGAUGCAAAGGACUGUGACGAGUGGGUGGCGGCCAUCGCUCACGCCAGCUACAGGACCCUGGCCACAGAGCAUGAAGCACUGAUGCAGAAGUACCUCCACUUGCUGCAGAUCGUGGAGACAGAGAAAACUGUGGCCAAACAGCUACGGCAGCAGAUUGAGGAUGGGGAGAUCGAGAUCGAGCGGCUGAAGGCAGAGAUUGCAUCGUUGCUCAAGGACAAUGAGCGCAUCCAGUCCACCCAGACCGUCACCCCCAAUGAUGAAGACAGUGACAUCAAGAAAAUUAAGAAGGUGCAGAGCUUCCUGCGGGGCUGGCUGUGCAGGCGCAAGUGGAAGACCAUCAUCCAGGACUACAUCCGGUCCCCACAUGCUGACAGCAUGCGCAAGCGCAACCAGGUGGUGUUCAGCAUGCUGGAGGCCGAGGCCGAGUACGUGCAGCAACUGCACAUUCUCGUCAAUAACUUCCUACGCCCCCUGCGCAUGGCCGCCAGUUCGAAGAAGCCCCCCAUCACGCACGAUGACGUCAGCAGCAUCUUCUUAAACAGCGAAACCAUCAUGUUUUUGCACCAGAUCUUUUAUCAAGGCCUGAAAGCUCGCAUCUCCAGCUGGCCCACCCUGGUCCUGGCCGACCUGUUUGACAUCCUGCUGCCUAUGCUCAACAUCUACCAGGAGUUUGUCCGCAAUCACCAGUACAGCCUGCAGAUUCUGGCCCACUGCAAGCAGAACCGCGACUUUGACAAGCUGCUCAAACACUACGAGGCCAAGCCAGACUGUGAGGAGAGGACGCUGGAGACCUUCCUCACCUACCCCAUGUUCCAGAUCCCCAGGUACAUCCUGACACUCCACGAGCUCCUGGCCCACACACCUCACGAGCAUGUUGAGCGCAACAGCCUGGACUAUGCCAAGUCCAAGCUAGAGGAGCUGUCCAGGAUAAUGCAUGACGAAGUAAGUGAGACAGAGAACAUCCGGAAAAACCUGGCCAUCGAGCGUAUGAUCAUCGAGGGCUGUGAGAUCCUCCUUGACACCAGCCAGACCUUUGUAAGACAAGGCUCCCUCAUCCAGGUGCCCAUGUCCGAAAAGGGCAAGAUCACCAGAGGGCGCCUGGGGUCUCUGUCACUAAAGAAAGAGGGCGAGCGGCAAUGCUUCCUGUUUUCUAAGCAUCUGAUUAUCUGCACCAGAGGCUCUGGUGGGAAGCUUCACCUGACCAAGAAUGGAGUCAUAUCCCUCAUUGACUGCACCUUACUGGAGGAGCCAGAAAGCACAGAGGAGGAGGCCAAAGGAUCUGGCCAAGACAUAGACCACUUGGAUUUUAAGAUUGGGGUGGAGCCGAAGGACUCCCCUCCCUUCACAGUCAUCCUCGUGGCCUCGUCCAGACAGGAGAAGGCGGCAUGGACCAGUGACAUCAGCCAGUGUGUGGAUAACAUCCGCUGUAAUGGGCUCAUGAUGAACGCCUUUGAAGAAAAUUCCAAAGUCACCGUGCCACAGAUGAUCAAGUCUGAUGCCUCCUUAUAUUGUGACGACGUUGACAUUCGCUUCAGCAAAACCAUGAACUCCUGCAAAGUGCUGCAGAUCCGAUAUGCGAGCGUGGAGCGACUGCUGGAGAGGCUGACGGACCUGCGCUUCCUGAGCAUCGACUUCCUCAACACCUUCCUGCACUCCUACCGCGUCUUUACCACAGCCGUUGUGGUCCUGGACAAGCUCAUCACCAUCUACAAGAAGCCCAUCAGCGCCAUCCCUGCCAGGUCUCUGGAGCUCUUAUUUGCCAGCGGCCAGAACAACAAGCUUCUGUAUGGUGACCCUCCCAAGUCCCCACGCGCCACCCGCAAGUUCUCCUCACCACCACCCCUGUCCAUCACCAAGACCUCGUCUCCCAGCCGCCGACGGAAGCUCUCCUUGAACAUCCCCAUCAUCACAGGUGGCAAGGCUCUUGACCUGGCCGCACUCAGCUGCAACUCCAAUGGCUAUACCAGCAUGUACUCAGCCAUGUCGCCCUUCAGCAAGGCCACGCUGGACACCAGCAAACUCUACGUGUCCAGCAGCUUCACCAAUAAAAUUCCAGAUGAGGGUGAUUCCACUACUGAGAAGACUGAGGACUCUUCAAUUCUCAGCAAGCAAAGCUCAGAAGUCUCCAUGAGGGAGGAGUCAGACACUGAUCAAAACCAGAGUGAUGAUGGUGAUACUGAGACCUCACCAACUAAGUCUCCAACAACACCAAAAUCAACCAAAAGCAAAAAUUCUUCAGAGUUCCCACUCUUUGCCUAUAAUAAUGGUGUUGUCAUGACUUCCUGCCGAGAACUGGACAGUAACCGCAGUGCCCUGUCUGCUGCUUCCGCCUUCGCCAUAGCAACGGCGGGAGCCAACGAGGGCACCCCAAACAAGGAGAAGUAUCGGAGGAUGUCCUUAGCCAGCGCAGGGUUCCCCCCAGACCAAAGGAAUGGAGACAAGGAGUUCGUGAUCCGAAGAGCAGCCACCAACCGUGUCCUCAACGUGCUCCGCCACUGGGUCUCCAAGCACUCACAGGACUUUGAGACCAAUGACGAGCUCAAAUGCAAGGUGAUCAGCUUUCUGGAGGAGGUCAUGCACGACCCGGAGCUCCUGACCCAGGAGCGUAAGGCUGCGGCCAACAUCAUCAGGACCCUGACCCAGGAGGACCCAGGCGACAACCAGAUCACGCUGGAGGAGAUCACACAGAUGGCUGAAGGUGUGAAGGCUGAGCCCUUUGAAAACCACUCAGCCCUGGAGAUCGCAGAGCAGCUGACCUUGUUGGACCACCUCGUUUUCAAGAAGAUUCCCUAUGAGGAAUUCUUUGGACAAGGCUGGAUGAAACUCGAAAAGAACGAAAGGACUCCUUACAUCAUGAAAACCACUAAGCACUUCAAUGAUAUCAGUAACUUGAUUGCUUCUGAAAUAAUCCGCAAUGAGGACAUCAACGCAAGGGUAAGCGCCAUUGAGAAGUGGGUGGCUGUUGCUGACAUUUGCCGCUGCUUACACAACUACAAUGCCGUGCUGGAGAUCACCUCAUCCAUGAACCGGAGUGCCAUCUUCCGACUCAAAAAGACGUGGCUCAAAGUUUCUAAGCAGACAAAAGCUUUGAUUGAUAAGCUCCAAAAGCUUGUGUCAUCAGAGGGCAGAUUUAAGAAUCUGAGAGAAGCUCUGAAAAAUUGUGACCCUCCAUGUGUCCCUUACCUGGGGAUGUACCUCACCGACCUGGCCUUCAUCGAAGAGGGGACACCCAACUACACAGAAGAUGGGCUGGUCAACUUCUCAAAGAUGAGAAUGAUAUCACAUAUUAUCCGAGAGAUUCGCCAGUUUCAACAAACUGCUUACAAGAUAGAACACCAAGCAAAGGUCACUCAAUACUUACUGGACCAAUCUUUUGUAAUGGAUGAAGAAAGCCUCUACGAGUCUUCUCUACGAAUAGAACCAAAACUCCCCACCUGAAGCUGCCCGGCUCGGCCCCAGCUGCCCCUGCCCCAUGUACACUUGCUAUAUGAUAAUUGUACAUAUCUGUUUGGUUUCUCCGGAUUCUCUUCUCUAGUAUGUGCUUCUCCAGGAAUACAAAUCCAUUCUUGUUCUUAGAUUCCUGUAGGAAUAUGAAUUUCUGCAUCGUUUAAGACUUGGCCCACUCAGCCCACCCCGUCUUCCACAGUGCCGGUUUCUUUUCAACAACCGUCCUCCCAGUCUGUCCUUCCCAGAUCGCGUGCUCUUCUCAGAAGGGGAACCGAACCCGUGCACACAUGACUCCUCAGCACCAGACCCGCUUCCUUACUUCCCCGGCCCAGGGCCCUGGGCUGCGUCGGCCACCCAGGCAUCUUCCCAGCAUGUUCCAUGUAGUUGUUAUAACUGGGUAGGGGGUGGGUGGGAGGCGGGAGGGGGAACCAUACCCCGAAGUCCAGUCAUUGACAAAUCUUUCCGCUGAUGGUGAUGCCAAUUUCCAAAGCAGCUUUUUCAGCCAAAAUCUCGCAGGUCUCAAAACUCUCCAUCUCCCAGUAACCUGGAUGGAAGGGAUUCCUCUCCGCUGAGAACCACGCCAUUCACCACCAAUGCUGCGAUCUCGUCCAGCCACCACGUCCCUCCUUGCUCUAGGAUAACAUCCAACAGCAUGACAGCAGCCUCAAUCCGUCUGGACGAGGCCCUGGAGCUUCCCGAGGGAAACGGAGUCACAACCCCAAGUCACGUCGACUUGGACCACUGUCCAGCAUCUACUGGAAGUCGGGAACACACACACACACAAAUGUAACUGUUCCACCUUUAGCUGCCGAACAGUCACCACAAGCUUACGUUGAGAUGCUCUAAGUCUGUAUACCUUGUGAUAAUUAGUACCACACUGUAGAAUUAGGAACUCAAUAACCAAGUGUUUUUAUUGCAUAUACUGUAGUCCUGUCUAAAUGCCUUCUAGCAGGAAUAUAGUACUGUAGUGCUUAUUCUGUGAAUAUUACCAUGUAUUUUUUACAUUGUACAGUAUAGAAAACACAGGUUAACUCUAAAGUGGCAGGCAUGCUCCACUACAACUAACAGACAACUUUUGCUGUAAGCAAUACCUAGUGGUAUGAGAAUUCUAUUUCAAGUCCUAAAAUAUUUCAACUUACAGCUUGUUUGGAAAAAAAAAAGAAAUUUCCAUUUUUGUAAAAAUAUAUGUUUCCUGAUUACCUCUUGCUAAUAAAUCUAUUCUAUCUCAGGGUGAAUAGUGAGUUUGGCUGUGUUUCAUUCGUUCACUCAAGAAAUACUGGCUGGCCAUUUAUAUCUCAGCAGGCACCUGGUUGAGGACCAGAGAUCUGGAGUUGUGUUAAGGAUGUUGUCCCUGUUUUGUGUAAACUUACAGUGUGGGGACUGUUACAGUUGUCUAUUAUAAACCACUCCAAAAUUCAGAGGCUUAAAGCAAUCAUUGGUGUUAUCUUUCACAGUUCUGUGAGUUGGCUGAGCCCGGCUGGUGUUUCCUGCAUAGGGCCCUUCAUGAGCUUACAUGGCAUGUCAGCCUGGUGCUUGGAGUCAUCUAGAGGCACUUAUGGCCUGGGCAUCCACAGUGGCUCUCACCAGGCUGGAAGCUGAUGUUGGCUGGGAUCUGAACCGAGCCUGU